GGGGGAAAACACGACGAAAUAAUCUCCAGUGGAUGUGAAAACGGACCCUUACCAACAGGUGUGAUGAGACAAAGGAACAAAGGAUGCCUUAGAGGAGAGGUUGCCUACAUGCCCGGAAUCCUCCUCAAAGCCCACUGCCGCAGCCAAAUGGAUCUAAUGCCUCCCCCCGCCGCUGCCGCCGCCGCCGCCGCCGCCUCCUCCUCCAGAUCAUGAUACUAGGCUGAAGCUAUCCCCGCUUAUCUUUAUGAUCCCUCCUCCAUCUAUGGCGAACUAUAGCCAUGCAGGGGACCACACCAUCUUGCAGAAUGUCUCUCCUCUCGCCACCUUCCUCAAAUUGACCUCCCUGGGCUUUAUCAUCGGCGUCGGCGUGGUCGGGAACCUCCUGAUCUCCAUCCUGCUGGUCAAAGACAAGAGCCUGCACCGAGCGCCUUACUACUUCCUGCUGGACCUGUGCGCCUCCGACAUCCUGCGCUCGGCCAUCUGCUUCCCCUUCGUUUUCACCUCGGUCAAGAAUGGCUCGGCGUGGAGCUACGGCACGCUGACGUGCAAGGUGAUCGCCUUCCUGGGCGUGCUCUCCUGUUUCCACACGGCGUUCAUGCUCUUCUGCGUGAGCGUCACGCGCUACCUGGCCAUCGCUCACCACCGCUUCUACACCAAGAGGCUGACCUUCUGGACGUGCCUGGCCGUCAUCUGCAUGGUGUGGACGCUGUCGGUGGCCAUGGCGUUCCCGCCCGUGCUCGACGUGGGCACGUACUCGUUCAUCCAGGAGGAGGACCAGUGCACCUUUCAGCACCGCUCCUUCCGGGCCAAUGACUCGCUGGGCUUCAUGCUCCUCCUGGCACUCAUCCUCCUGGCCACGCAGCUGGUUUACCUCAAGCUCAUCUUCUUCGUCCACGACCGGCGAAAAAUGAAGCCGGUCCAGUUCGUGCCCGCCGUCAGCCAGAACUGGACCUUCCACGGACCCGGGGCCAGCGGGCAGGCGGCCGCCAACUGGCUGGCCGGAUUCGGUCGGGGCCCGACUCCGCCCACUUUGCUGGGCAUCCGGCAGAACAGCAACGCGGCGGGCCGCAGGCGUCUCCUGGUGUUGGACGAGUUCAAAACGGAGAAGAGGAUUAGUAGGAUGUUCUACAUCAUGACCUUUUUCUUCCUGGCGCUCUGGGGGCCUUAUCUGGUGGCCUGCUACUGGCGGGUGUUCGCCAGGGGCACCGUGGUGCCCGCCGGCUACCUGACGGCCGCCGUAUGGAUGAGCUUUGCCCAGGCCGGGGUCAACCCGUUCAUCUGCAUCUUCUCCAACAGGGAGCUGCGGCGCUGCUUCAGCACGACGCUCCUCUACUGCCGAAAAUCCAGGUUACCGAGGGAACCCUACUGCGUUAUAUGAAGGUUUUUACCGCCCCUCCCUCACCUUCACUUUCCCCCCUCGAUUGAUCACAUCAAUCUGGGCUUUUUCCUCAUGUACAGCUCUCUUUCUCUCUCUCUGUCUCUCUCUCUCUGCUAGCUUUCCGUCCUCUCAUCCCUCCUUUCCAAUCACUGUUGGCGAUCGCAUCCGAAAAUAAAAAGGAGGCCGGAGGAGUACAACAGGGCGGUGUUGAUCGCCCCUUGUCGUUUCGUACCGCGUGGAUGGCCAUGCCCGUGCAGAGAAGCAAAAAUUAAAUCAAAACGACAACGCUUUGGAUUUUUUUCAAGAUGCAUUAUUCUGUGAAGUGUGAAAUAGAAGAAAACGAGAAAAAAAGAAUACAACAAAGAAAUGAUACCUCUCAAGGAAUCACUGGAAAUGUUUUGCAUUUUUCAGAGUUGCACUACUAAAAAGAAGAUGUAAAGAUUUUGGUUGCAAAGACAACACUCUUUCCCCCUCCUUUUUCUCCAAACGAAACGAUGAAUGCUUUAAUUGGCAACAGACUACACACACAAAAAUCGCUGUAAGUAAGGCAAACGUGUUGGAAUUACACCAUCACCAGUGUAAUGUAAGUGGUAACUUUUUUUCAU